GCGGCCGGGCCCCGGGUGUAUGCGGCCGCCGGACGCGCCGGGCCGGGCAGCCCGGGUGGCAGGGCGCUGACGACUGACAAGGGAGCUGCCCCUCGGAGCAGCAUGGACGCGCCCCGAAGGGACAUGGAGCUGCUGAGCAACAGCCUGGCGGCCUACGCGCACAUCCGCGCUAACCCCGAGAGCUUCGGCCUCUACUUCGUGCUGGGCGUGUGCUUCGGCCUGCUGCUGACCCUGUGCCUCCUGGUCAUCAGCAUCUCCUGCGCGCCCCGUUCGCACCCCCGGGGCCCCGCGCUGCGCCGCGACCCCCGCAGCAGCACCCUGGAGCCCGGGGACGACGACGAGGAAGAGGACGAAGAGGACACCGUCACACGGCUGGGCACCGACGACGAGCUGCAGGGCCCCGAGCUGUCGCCGGAGCCCGAUGGGCCCCUCAGCGUCAAUGUCUUCACGUCGGCCGAGGAGCUGGAGCGCGCGCAGCGGCUGGAGGAGCGCGAGCGGAUCCUGCGAGAGAUCUGGCGCACGGGGCAGCCGGACCUGCUGGGCAGCGGCACGCUGGGGCCCGGCUCGUCGGGCACGGGCACGCUGGGCCGCGUCCACUAUUACUGAUGGGCUGGAGCCCCGAGCGUUGGACACGCCAAGGGAGCCCACAGCUGCCCCAGGACCUUGGGACUCUCUUGGCUCCCACGCUUCCCUGGUGCUACUGGGCGUAGACGGCCAACCGCCGAGGGCGCCCUUCCCCGGUUCUGCCCGAGGGCCCUGGGGUGGGGGGGCGGGGGUCAGGAGGCAGGGCCCCCAGCCCCUCCAAGGGAACUGAAAAGGCAGAGGCGAAGUGACCAAUGAAGGCUGCAUUCU